AUGGUCAUGAGCAACCUUCAGCUAGACUACUCUACUCAGAAAACAAUCUUAGCCCUGAGAAUCAUAAUCUCUUCUCUGCUUUUCGUUCUCUUUUCUUCACUUAGCAUUCAUGGCUACCCAAUCCAAGCCCAUAUCUUCAUCUAUGCAGGCUGCUCUCAAGAAAAGUACCAACCAAGCUCACCCUUUGAAGCCAACCUCAACUCUUUUCUAACAUCAGUUGUUAGCUCAUCCUCUCAAGUCUCUUACAACAAUUUUGGAGUUGGAAAUGGAAGCUCAACAACACUAGAAGGCACCAUAUAUGGCUUAUACCAGUGCAGAGGUGACUUAAAGAUUUUUGACUGCGCAAAAUGCGUAGAGAGUGCAGUAAAUCAAAUUACUUUGGUUUGUCCCUACUCUUAUGGGGCUUCUUUGCAGCUUGAGGGUUGUCUCAUAAGAUAUGAGCAUGUUAAUUUCUUGGGGAGGCUUGACACAAGUCUUAGGUACAGAAAAUGCAGUAAAAGUAGUGUGAGUGAAGAUGUUGAAUUCUUUAGGCGCAGAGAUGAUGUGCUUGCUGAAUUGCAAGGAACAAAUGGCUUUAGGGUUAGUAGCUCUGGUUUGGUUGAAGGUUUUGCUCAGUGUUUGGGGGAUAUGAGCCAAAAUGACUGCUCUUCUUGCAUUGCUGAUGCUGUGGGAAAGUUGAAGAGUUUGUGUGGAUCGGCAGCAGCUGUUGAUGUGUUCUUGGCUCAGUGUUAUGCUCGGUAUUGGGCAUCUGGCUACUAUGAUAUCUCAGAUUCCUCUAACCAAGACCAAGUGGGGAAGACAGUGGCCAUUAUUGUUGGGACAGUAGCAGGUCUAGCUAUUCUGAUUGUUAUUCUCUCAGUUUGCAGGAAAACCAUGGGUUAA